AUGACUGAAAUAGUGUGCUAUCUCGCUCAACACCUUCAUUGUAAACUAAAGAUGUACUGCAAUCACAAUGCUGAUCCUAAUGUAAGCCGUAACUUACGCGACACCAUUUCUCAAGAGCACUCUGAGGAAUUUUUAUUCUCAGAUUUGCAGAUAAAUGUGAUCCGUGGCAAUUUAACAUCCAGUCAAGAAAGCGUAUUCGAUGCUCAACCUAUUGUUAUUAUUCCCAGAAGAGAUGCCAUAUUGUUUCUCUCUCAUACUUUUCACAGAACGACCAAUUUCUCCUGUCAGUAUCUGUCAGGCAAUAGACAAACAUGA